UGCCGAAACAUGCACGACUGGCUUUGAUAUUUUGAGCCAACUUUUAUCACAGAAGAAAUUCAUUUGACUCCAUAUAUGAAAGAUCUAAUUUAACACAGGCGGACUGUUAACUCUUGCCAGUUUGCUGUUUUGGAAGAUGAAAGAAGGGAUUGGUAUUUUCGGGAAGUUUUUAAAAAACUUCACUUAUGCACGGUACAAGUGCAUAGUUUGUGAUUAAAGGAUUGUUUGUGGAAAUGAAUUCAACACUUGUUCAAGGAUUGUAGUUUACAAUACUAUCUGCACUUACAGAAAACCUUUCACCCUUUAAGUGUCAUAUCAAUCCAUUGUGAGUGCUAGUAUAGUGUUUAAGUAGUCCGUGAGUGGAUGUAUUAAAAGUUUCAUGGACUCCUAACUCUCCCGGUGUAAAAUAUAAACACGAUCAUAAUCAUGCAUCGCCUACCGAGGUUCGGGAAGAAGAAGAAAUCGACCCAAUGUACAACCAGUCGGAUGGCUGCAACCUCUGUCACCAAGGCAACGACCUCGGGUACAAGUAGGCAGACCAGGGUGACCUUUGAACUCAUGGAUUUUGGGACGUUUUCUUCCACAGAUUCAAGUGAUGCAGACUUUGAGGAUGUACUGGAGAGGAAGAUUGAGGACCUCAGUCGGAAACUCAGCGAGGAGAGACACAACGCCAGGAGAGAGAAACAACAAGUUUCUAAGUUACAGCGCGACAUUGCACGUCAUAAAGGGGAGAGAACUGGGAAGGACACCCUGAUGAAGGAUCUAGAGCAGGAGAGGCUGGCCCGGGCCCAGACGGAGCAGAAACUCCGUUCAAUGACGGAGGAAAACAACAACUGCAGGUCACGUCUCCAUUCCCUCCAGGAUGAGUUCAAAAGGAUGGAGGAGACGGUGAGAAAUAUGAUGCAGUAUAAGUCAAAGAUUGACCAGCUAAAGCAGGAAAAGUCCAGUCUGUCCAUCACUUAUGAGAACAAUAUGCAUAAGUACCGCAACCAUAUAAGUACACUUGAGAGGGAGAACAUUUUGCUUCUCAACGAUGUCAAGCGCUUUGAGUCCCAGCCAAUAAGUGGAAAGACAGACGAUCGCACAAAACUGCUGCUAGGUCGACUCAAAAUGCUUGAAUCGGAGAACUCCUCGUUAGUCAUGGAGAAUGAACAACAACGACAACAGUACGAGAAAUGUCUGGACGAGAUAGCCAAUCAAGUGGUUCAGGCCUUACUGGCUCAAAAGACUCUGCGAGAAGAAUGUAUGAAGCUACAAGGCCGAGUACAAGAUCUUGAGUAUCAAAAUCACGAACUCAACAGCAUGUUCCAACAGAAGAUCAAGUACGACCCCAACAACCAGGACGCUGUCCUCACAAGUGUAUCCAAGUUAACGGUGUGCGAGGGGACGAGUAUGGCCAGUCUAACCACCCCAGAACAGAUGUCCAACGCGGCCAUGGCCUUUACCCAGACCAUGCACCUGUCUCCAAUGUCCCAGUACGUCCUACAGGCCAAGGUGGCCCAGAAGUGUCUCGGCCAGUACAUGCCAGGGGAGAGCACCGACUCCCUACACAGUAUAUGUAGUGAUUAUACCUGCGAUGACAGCAUAGGAAAACCCCAGAUGAGUCUGCCCGUCUGGUCAACAGAACGCACCGGUCAUCCAAAGAAACUGCCUGGUUCUGCGACCUCAGUUGGCUCAACCAAUGUGCCCCCUAGUGGUGAACAAAACAACGAAUUCAACUGUAGGACAAAAAUAGAAACUGAGUUCCCUGCCAACAAUUCAAGUCCGAAAAUGAAACAUGUCAAUAUUAUGGAAAGAGCUAAUCAAAAACGGCAGCGGAGCUCAUCAACUUCGUCUCUACAAUCAAACUCAAAGUCAGCAAAAUCGAGGUCAACAGCUUCACUCAAUAAGAGCAAACUGGGUCUGACAGUGUACAACGGGUCAAAGACGUCGCUGUCUGGGAGUCAACGGGAUCUCUGUUUACAGAAUGAAGCAAUGUCAGGAAAGCGUAGUAUAUCUCACCCGGACCAUAUAGACAAAGGUGUUAGUGCUCACGCUCCAAAAUCUGUCCGAAAUCCACAGCUAGGAUCCUCAGGGAAAGUUAGCCAAUAUCAACAACGAGAACGCUCUUCCUCUGCUUCGUCCAUACCUAUCAAAAGGGGAAGUAACUCAGGGUGUGGGAAAACGCAAAAGUCCAUUCCUCAAGUAUCUUCUCACUCCAAACUACCCUUAAAAUCUCAGGAACCAAAUGAUCAUUUGUUUAGGAACAGAAAAUUCUCCGACAAUGUGAAGGCUAACAGUUGUGGCAAAGUUCAAGGUCACAGGAUUAGAAAGGAAAUAGAAAUGAAGGUCAUGAGCUCAAGUACUGGGACUGGGGUGAAAGACAGAAUGGCAGCAUUGCGCCAAACUUUUGGGAGUCCGCCCCGAGUUCCUCUGCUGCCAAACGGUCAGUAUUUCUACGACUACAGUGAUGAGGACAGUGAUAUGAAUCGGCCUGUGUCAGCAGAUUUCAGUAAUACCUCCACGAUAUCAUUAAAUGAAAUCUUGGACAAUAGUGAUGACACGGACACGUUACUGGAGGAAGAUUUCACAACAGAAAACUUUGCUUUUUUCGAGUCGCCCUCAUUUGUGAAAAAGUACCAUAGGCAGUGCGAUCGACAAAAAUUAAGGGUUGAUUCUAAAAAUGUAGAAAUUCGUGAGAAGGGCUUUCCGGGUGCUAGACUUCACGGUAAACCUGAUAUUAUACAAGAUACAGAAAAUAGUGAACUUCAGAACCAAGGGAAAACACCUAGAAGUCCUUACAUUCCAAAGAAACGUAGUUCCUUGCAGCAUAGUCACAGUAAACGGAAACAAAAUACACAACGGCCUAGCUCACUCAUUCUAGCUCCUCGCGAAAAACAGUUUAUGCAUCAACGAUACAGUUCUUCCUCCUCCAGUUUAGAGAGCUCCGACAGCGAUGAAAAUUGGUCGCCAAGGUUUGCGAGAAAGUAUCAUCAAAUAAAACAGGGUAGAGGUAAAUCAAGGUCUCAAGUGCAAUCAGCCAAUCAGACUUCACCAGAAAGUACGCCAUCUCCUUCUAAUAGUUCUUCCAAAGGUGUGCAUUCAGGGGAGACAACUCCGAUGGAAAAUGUUAAAAUUGAAAAUCGUGAUUAUAUAUCUCCGGAGAGGCCCCCAGUUGUUAUGACAAGCUCAUCUGAAACUGAUCCACAUUUGACGAAUUCUCUCACAAAGAGGAAGGGGCCACCUCCACCCGUCCCUACCAAACCAGCCACAGGUAGGCGAUCCCCAGGGAUUCGUAUGGGUGUCAAAUCCCCUGGAUUCAGGCACAACAAAAAGGAAACAACAAGUGUGCAAGAUGUGUCUCCAAAAUGUCAGGAGAUCAAAACAGGUGCCUACCACCACCAACACGUGGAGUAUACUACUAGUGCUAUAGAACCCCAGAUAGAGGUUCAAAUGAAUCAAAAAAUCAUGGUGUCGGCCGAGUUGAGCUUUGACAAGGCUGAAAAGGUUGAAAGAUCCGGCAGCAAAGACGACGGCUAUUCUACGAUGUCAAGUGAUAUUCAACCAGAAGCCAUGGAGAAGUUUAACGACACCUCCAUUCAGAAUAAGGAAUCUGGUAUGAAAAAAGAGACCACAGCUAAGAUAGAGGAACCGCUUCCUGCUGCUGUGACAGUGGUCAAAGUCAGUAAGUCAGAUUUGACCUCUGACCCUGAUUCUGCCAUGGAUAGUUCGACUCACAGCACAGAAAUGAGAAAUUCCACCCACAGUCUUUCAUCACAGAACUCUAAUUCUAGCGAGGAUCGUGCAGCAGUUUGUGGUUCCCUGGGAAGAGUCAGAGCCAUGAAAAUCCUGUUUGAGGCGGAAAAUCAAAAACAAAAUGAAAACAAAUUCAUGAAGUUCCCUCUUAGGAAAUCUCCUUCGAUGGACAGUAAGCUUAGUACAAGUUCCAAGGACAUGCAUGAACGGAGAAACCUCAAUCGUAGGUCUCUUGGUGAUGACUUCAAAAUGUUUGUCCCUGAAAUACAUCAUAACAACUGGAGUGCAGAGGUCAAUAAGGUCAGUACUGAAGAGACAUAUGUACAAUGUGAAAAACCAUUGCCCGAUAAUGGUUUGAAUAUUCCAGGAUUAGAGGUGGAAGAAGAGGAAAUUGACGAACGGAGUUCACUCCCUUCACUUCCUGUUUUCCAUCAUGUCCAAACACUUAACAUCAGUGAGGAGAAUUUUCUUUCGGAUAUUCCUGAAGAGAAGGAUGAGUGGGAGGCUUCAACGAACUCCUGUGACAGACUACUAGAGAACUCUCUCCGUAAUCUUCAGUCGUCAACAAAGUACUAUGCUCACCUUCAACUCCUUCAGACAUUUAGCAUGAAACGGUACUGGUGCUCCACCGAGGGUCUGGCCAGGGUUCUGUCUGACAGCGACCUUUCUUCAUUGUCAAAGGUCAAGGACAUCCACAUAUUGGACGACCUUAUGGUUGAAAGCAAGGUGACAAAGCCACUCGAAAGGUCAGUGUCAUUAUCAGACAUGAACAUGAAAAGAACAGAAAUAAUCUCCAAGAUGAAAGUUCUUCCCAAGUUGUGUAGGAAGUCAUUGAAGAGUGAGGGACAGGAAAGAGAUGUCACAAAAAGGCAGAUUCUUCAACAGCUGGCUCGUGAAGUAGAGAGUGAAUCUGACGAGGACAACACUGUUAAUGGAUUUCACUCACUGCUCAUACAGGACCACAUGAGGGGCACACAACAGGUGACUUGUAAGUCAGUGUCCUCUGCCGAACAUUCCAUCUCUACACAUUUCUCAGAUCCCCAUGACAACGGUUCUCAUCCGGACAAUCUGUCUACCACACAGGAAGUGACAGACACAUCAGGAGUUGUGUCCCUGGAAAAAUUAGUGCUGCCGUCUGGUGAAGAAAUGAUUGGUGAACAAGGGAAACAAUUCAGUAGCAAAGAGGCAAGCCCAGCCCCUGAUAUUGAACAACAGGGCAAGUUUCGAAGUGACUACUACAGCCUCUGUAACGUGGGAUCAAAUCGUAGUUUGUUAUCAAGUGGAAAUGAAGGUGACACAGAUAUACAGCCAAGCUGUGAUCCUCUCCCUCACACCUGCCAAAAUGGCGACAGUGCAAAUUGUGAACAGUGUUGCAUCCAUGGUAACAAUCAAGAAUUUGACGAGAUUUCGCGACAGUUAAAAAGUUUGUCAAAGACUGUCAACGCAUUACAUCAAAGUUUGACCAGUCUUAAUAGUUGUGAUACAGACAAUGACUCGAACGAGGAUCAUUCUGAGCUGUUUACCACACCAGCUGAGAAUUACAAGGACACUGAAGGUUACCAGUGGGUUGAGGACGAGUUCUACCUUACUCCCUGUGGGGGAGAACUAAUCAUGGGAAAUUCUCCGUUCUCCGAGACAGGGGCGUGCUGUGAUUGGGUAAACGAGUAUGCAGAUGACACCUCCUGUAACGAUGAAUUUGAGUUUUAUGGGAAUUUUUCGUCGGCUGAUAUUGGCGGUUUCAAUGAUGUCAAAUCUCCAUAUCCCACAAUCACAGAGGAAAAGGAUGUAGAUACGACAGCGCCAUCUACUGGGGCCAGGGUAGACAACUCACCAAAGAUCAAAAGGCAAACAAAGCCUUGUCGUCCUCAAUUGGAGCGAACACACUCUGAAAACUAUGGUGUGCUUGACCCACAGACGCGGGCGGCCAUGUUGGAUUCCAUGAUUCAGCUGAGUGGCGGUAGUAUGGAUAGUUUGGAUGACAACAUUGGAGUUGACCAUGUCAUGUGCUCACGUCUCAUCGGCAGGGGAGACAAAAUGGAAGCCUUGAGGUCUCCAACUAAGGUGAAUCGCCCCGGCCUGGAUCUGUCCAAGUUCUUCCUCAGGUUUGGUGACAAGGAGAUGGAAGCUAUGGCAGCUUUCGAUUUUCUCAAUGACAUGACACCCUCUCCUAACCCACUCUGUCCUCCCCCGACAAACCAAUCGGUGGCCAGUUCUCAGGAGAGACAGCCGAUGACUGAGCCCACACAACAUCCUGGAGAACCUCUGUCAGAGCCCGUGACAAAACCUCAGCCUGUAGCUUCUCAAUCUAAUGUAGAGCACAAAGUUACUACAUCUUCUGUGAAAUUAAAACCUCAGGUACCAGCGCCAGGUACACACAAACAAGCCCAGGGAUCGGCUGGGAGGAUAACUCCUGCUCUCAAACAAGCUCAGAGGUUCGCUGCUGGCUCACCAACAGCUAUCGGCAUGCACUCUCAUAAAACUGAUCCUAAAGUUGCUCACAAACAGGACCAUGGACAGGCUGAAAAAUGUGCCAUAAAACAAGGACAGGGAUUGGCUCCAGGGUCAGUUGGUGCUCACAAACAUUCAAUGGGAUUGGUUGUUCACAAACCUGUGCCUUCAUCCCAGCAGCAUCAUCAGGAAUCUUCUACCAAAGUGCCUAUUGCAGCAGAGACUAAGAACAGCCACCAAACGGAGGCUCCCAAGUCACAUGGUUCUGCUUCAGACAAGAACCAAGCAGGGACCAAUGGCAGUGUAUCUUCUCCUAAGCCCUCCCGAAUGGGUUUCUUUCGACGGAAAAGCUCUAGUUCAGAAAAAAAGACAAAUGUUGAAGAAAAACCUUCCAAAUUGCCAAAGAAAUUUUCUCAGAACUCGAAAGAAAAGGAGAAGGAGAAGGAAAAGGACAAAUCUAAAAUUCCUAAAGCUGUAAAACAGGAACAAACAUUAAGUAAACCUACCCGUAGAUUCCUACGGUCUAGUGGGAAAUCCUCAUCUGUUACAAAUGUAUCUUCCUCCUCCAGCCACAAGUGAGAGGUCACUCAAAGGAGGCAACUCAAGGGUCCAAGGGAGAUAACUAUAGGGCAGGGAUUGAAAAAAGAAUCAGGAACAUUUUCGUACAAGAUAUUUACGAAUUAACUAUUUCAUUAAAUUCAUGUGGAAUUUAUAAAUACUCAUGUUACAUGGAAUGAAAUUAGCUGGUUUUAGGGCUAUUUUGUAUGAAAAAAAUCUUUUUGAAAAAUGUACAACUUUGAAAUGUUGUUACCUUGCUUCAUCUUGGAAAUUUUUCGAAUUCUUCCAUUUUGUUUUUGGUUUUGAUACAUAUUUGUUUGACCUUGUAGCUUACUGCAUGACAAAUAUUUUGCAAAUCUUUUUUUUUAUUUUGCUGAUCAUUUGUUCUUUUGUUAAAAGAAAGGAAGAAUUAUUCUGAGAUGGAGCAUCAGGUAUCUUAACAUCCUCUGGAGUACGUAAGAUUAAGUACGUAAUAUUUUUUAUUUUCGAUAGGAGAUCGGUGCCAAAUGCGGUAAUAGAUGAUGAGGUUACAAGUAUAAGGUCAGCUUCGUUUGUAACUGGGUGUCAUCUUCAGCAUUGGUACUGAAGUCAGUGUUUAUUCCAAUAAAUGCCCUCAGAUUUUAAAAUAUACCUGGAAGAGUGCCGACAGAUUUGUUGAAACUUACUCAGUACUGAGGGUGAAGGUGCCUCUGGAAUACAAGGAGCCGUUAAUGUUAAGCAUAGUUAUGUUAAUGAUAUCAUGAAUGAAGAAUUUAUUAUUCCCCUGGUGAUCUCAAAUUUCAAUUGAUAUUCUGUAAUUUAUGAAAAAUGGCAUUUAAACGAAGAAGAAGGAAAAAAAAUUGAAAUAAUACAGAAUAAGUUAAAUAGCUUAACAAACCUGGUUCCUGAACUUAUAUAUUUGUGACACCUUUAACCUUUUCACCACUGUAGACCAUAAUAGACUCAUCCAUAUCAACGCAUGGUAGAGCCUACUAAAGUUACAUAGGGGUGAAAAGGUUAAGAGAAAAUAAUUAUCACGGAGAAAAGGUACUAGAAGUGAGGGUUUAUUGGAAUAUAUACGGUGCUUCUGAUAUAGAUUGAUUAAGAUAUUUUAGGUGUAAACAAUUACUAGCAAGGUUCUAGUAGAAUUCAUAGGUCAUUGUGGCUCUGUUGAACGUUUUAAGAAAUAACGUGUUUGUGAAGUAACGUGUAUUAGCUGGGUAAUUGACAUGAUAUAUAGAUUGCAUCAUGGUUUAUUUCAUUAGACAUUAUUUACUUUAGAUCCAACUCAAAUCAUUCAAGCUACCACAUUCAAGUCAAAAUUAGUAUUUGUUUUAUGUUUAUUUUGUGACAAAAAUACAUUAUGUCAUUUAGAAAAAAAAAGUGCAGUUUUAGAAAAAGUAUUUCUGUGUAUGACAGAGAACGGUAUAACAUGUUUUUGAAUAUGAAAACACUUCCAUUCAUUAUGUGGGACCGCUAAUAUUUUAUAAAAAAAACAUUGUUCAUCAUGUGCCAUAAUAAGGACUAUUGCGUAUAAAUUUUGUACAACAUCAUUUUGGAGAAUCAUUUUUUAUACCUUACAUAUACACAAUGCUUACUGAUUUUUAACAUUUUUGAAGCAUUUUAUUGCAAUCUAUGCAAAAGAUCAUUUUUUCAGAAAUCAUUUUUUUUUUUACAAUUUGUCCAUAAUUCCACCAUUCCUUUGCCAAGCAAUAUCAGAUGGAUCUUUCUAAGAGGAAUGCAACAGUUGAGUUCUGCAAGGAAAAAAGGGAGGUAAAUGCUGCAAUCAAUUUUCGCCCAGACCGCAAGGGAUGGUAAUUAUGCAAUAUCCAUUUAAGAGAUGGGUUUGUUUGUAAAUGAGGAUUUGUAAAAAAAUACCUAAAAAAAUAAGGAUGGUAACGAAAAUUGAGGUUAUUGAUUGCAGUAUUUUAACCCUUUCACCCCUAUGUAACUUUAGUAGACUCUACCAUGCAUUGAUCUAGAUGAAUCCAUUAUGGUCUACAGUGGUGAAAGGGUUAAAGUGAUACUUGUGUUUUAUUGUACGUACUGACAGGAGAUUUGGGGCUAGGAUACAUGUGUUUAUAUAUAUAUAUAUAUUUAUAUCUCGGUGUUGUGGUGAUCACUGUUUGGAUAGCGGGUACAUUUUGUGAGUGCAUGAGUAAUUUAUCACAACUUAUUGUAUGUUAUCCGUAACUUAGCAACCCCAGACAACAUUACCUCUCAUUCCCUACCAUGUUGACCUACCUUUAUAGACAUCGACAGUAAACACACACUAAAGACAUGCAGCUGUAUAAAUUUAUAUUAAAACCUGAAAUAAAUUUUAUGUUCAAAACACAUGGCAGACACUUAUGCAAUUUAUCAAUAUAUACAAUGAAACUUUAUUAAUUCUCUGGGGGCUUUUUAUGAAAUAACAUCACCUUGGAGUUGGCAUGAAUUGUUUCUAGGUUCCUAGAAUAUCAACUUAGUGAGUUCACAACAAUGGUGGUAUUCAACAUAGUGAGUUCACAACAAUGGUGGUAUAUUCAACAUAGUGAGUUCACAGCAAUGGUGGUAUUCAACAUGAUUGAAUAUCAAUUUAGUGAGUUCACAACAAUGGUGGUAUUCAACAUGAUUGAAUAUCAACUUAGUGAGUUCACAACAAUGGUGGUAUUCAACAUGAUUGAAUAUCAACUUUAAAUUAAGUGAGUUCACAACAAUGGUGGUAUUCAACAUGAUGUAUAGGUACAUUUUGGUAUCAUAAAAGUCUUUAAAAGGAAUUUAGAAAACUAUAUUUGUUUCAUUUUAAAUCACAAAUUUCAUGUUUUAAUGUUUUUAUAAAUUGUUGAGGGCAAUGUUUAAGAAUUUGCAUUUUAAAAUUUGUUAUAAUGAUAAUGCCGCACUUAACUUAAGAUUGAACUUCAUGAAAUAUCUCAAAAUUAUUAGAUAGUGUGAUUUGACUGUACACUAUUGUUGAAUUAUAUAAAGCUUCAACCGAUUGUUAAUACAAUAACUACGGUAUUUAUAGAUAAAUAUUGACUUUUCAUUGAUGUCUAUCUAUGUAAUCAGGGGUGAUAGCUGAAUUUGACUCUCUCUUGGGGUUAAUGCUGUGGAAAGCAAUUUAAUUGCAUGACAACCUGUCUUUAAAGGAAAACCAUAAUCUUUUUAAUUGUUUGGAUAUCGAAAUGAUUGGAUUUAAAUAUUUUCUUUAAAGGGAGAUAACUGUAGUUUUACCUACUUUAGAAAAAUAAAAACUAGAGUUUUACCUAUCUUAGAUGGAGAUAUAAGAUGACCUCAAUUUGCCUAUUAACUAGAUUUUAAUUGUUUUUGAGCAGGAGAUUAAAACAGAUUUUAUAAACCUCUCAAUUUUAAACCUCUCCUAGGAAUAUGUUGGAUUUUAAUAUAGAAUUUAUAUAAUGGUAAGUUAUAUGUAAUAUUUGACCUAUAUGGAGAAUUACGAUGAAUGGCUGUGAUGAUUUUGUAUGGUCUGUCUCUUUUAAAUCAUUGUGUACAUGUAUAUGAGGCGUAUGGUACUGACGAUGAACAGUAGAUGGAUCAGUACAGAUUAUCUUUUACUCACCCAGGGUCUUAUGUACAAGAAUAUUGAUUGUAUCUUGUUUUGAGUGUAAGCAGUGUACACUAUUGUACUAGUUUCCAUAAGAAAGUAAAUAAAGAGAUUUCAUUAAAAUAUAAGUUGUUUAAAAAGAAAACAACUAUUCAAAACUUUAUUAAAUGCAAAUCUAUUUGCGUACUGUUAAAGUAAAUAAGAUGUAAGUUAACGAUGCCAAUAUAAUCCAAUAUUGCCGGUAUGUCAUCGAGGAAUUACCUAAGUGAUAUAUUAUUUCUUCAGUUAAGUAAUACCUUUCAAUUAACUGACAUUUUAUUAUUAAUUAAUAUAAAAAAUAUCUUUACCUGUAACACAGACAAGUUAAUAUGAAUAAUAUAAAUAUGUUUAGAUAUGGAAUCAACAUGGCAUUGCUUAAGUUCUUUGUCAAACAAAAAAGAAGAUAUGAGAUACGAAAUUAGAAAGCACAUACUAUCACCCGGAUCAGCAUUGGCAAUAUACAUUUUCUCAAAUGUAAAAUAUUUAUAUACUUAUAAACAUAUAUUUAUGUUGAUGUGUAUAGAAAAAUGGGUUUUUACAUAUCAAAAUGUAGGAAAUUGUAUUUAGCACAGGGACUGGAUAUAUGUGCUCAUUUACAAAAGUUAAUAGUGGUCUGUUUUUUGAGUGGUAAUUAUGGAAAAGGUUGGCCUGUAUUUUGUGCACAUGGUAGUUAAUCAUCAAUUUAGCUAUAAUGCUGAAUCCUCUUCAGUGUUAAAGACAAAGGAGGUACCAUUAUUGUUUUAAUUUGAAAUUAUCUCAAUUUCAGCUAAAUAACUGUGCUCCUUGUAACUUGUAAAAUCAUUAUGGCAACAUUUCUGGCCCCUGUGCUGUUCUAAGAUUUGGAAUAAAGGUCAGUUAUAAUUACCAAGUAGAAUUAUUAUCUAUAUAUGUAUUUAGGCUGUUGUUAAAUAUUUUAAUUUGUGUGAUACUUGUUUGUUCACCAUGUCAUGAUGGAUAUAUGUGUGUGCAUGUAUAUGUAGCUAUAUUUAUAAUGUUGCUAUGACAACCUUUUGUAAGCUCCCGAAAUGGAUACCCGACUAUUAUAAAAUGGAAUAAAACAACCCAAUAUGUA